UACGCUCGCUCUCACCGCCCGGGCGCCCUACCCAUCACGAGGAGCGGUGGAUGCUGCACAGCCGUACCGAGGAGCCGGAGCCGGUCAGCAGCUGUAGGUGGCGAACAGCGACUUCUGGGUGUUUUGAACGGAGAAGAGGAAACACGACGAUGGACCCGCUGGUCGCUGCCGUUGACCAGGGCACGAGCUCGACGAGGUUUCUGGUGUUCAAUGCCAGAACAGCUGAAUUGAUCAGUCACCACCAAGUGGAGAUCAACCAGAGUUUCCCCAAGGAGGGAUGGGUGGAGGAAGACCCCAAGGAGAUAAUGCAGUCAGUCUACGAGUGCAUGGAGAGGACUUGUGAGAAACUUGGUCAGCUCAACAUCGAUCUCUCCAACAUAAAAGCGGUGGGAGUGACCAAUCAGAGGGAGACAACCCUGGUCUGGGACAAAGAGACUGGAGAGCCCCUCUACAAUGCCAUCGUGUGGCUGGACCUGCGCACUCAGUCAACAGUGGAGAGGCUCAUCAAUAAGGCCCCCGGCAGAAACAAGAACCAUCUAAAGCACAAGACGGGCCUUCCCAUCAGCACCUACUUCAGUGCAGUGAAGCUGCGCUGGCUGCUGGACAACGUGGAGGAGGUGCAACAGGCGGUGCUGAGUCAGCGGGCCAUGUUCGGCACAGUGGACUCCUGGAUCAUCUGGUGCCUGACAGGAGGCAGGAAUGGAGGGGUCCACUGCACAGACGUCUCCAACGCCAGUCGCACCAUGCUCUUCAACAUUCACACCAUGGACUGGGAUCCCGAGCUCUGCAGGUACUUUGACAUCCCAAUGGAAAUUCUCCCCAAAGUCAGGACCUCCUCUGAAAUAUAUGGCUGGAUGAAAUCCAGCUCUCUUGCAGGGGUUCCAAUCUCCGGGUGUUUAGGUGACCAGUCAGCUGCCUUGGUCGGUCAGAUGUGCUUCAAGGACGGCCAGGCCAAAAACACCUAUGGGACGGGUUGCUUCCUGCUCAGAAACACAGGAACCAAGCCGGUUAUGUCAGACCAUGGCCUGCUGACCACAGUUGCCUACAAAAUGGGGAAAGACCAGCCACCUUGCUAUGCACUAGAGGGUUCAGUGGCCAUAGCGGGGGCAGUGGUGCGGUGGCUGAAGGACAACAUGGGCAUCGUCCAGUCCACUUCUGAGAUCGAGAAACUGGCAGCUGCAGCGGGCUCUUCCUAUGGCUGUUACUUUGUGCCAGCCUUCUCCGGGCUCUACGCCCCCUACUGGGAGCCCAGUGCCAGAGGAAUCAUCUGUGGGCUCACUCAGUUCACCAACAGGAACCACUUAGCGUUCGCUGCCCUUGAGGCCGUGUGCUUCCAGACCAGAGAGAUCCUUGAUGCGAUGAAGCAGGACAGCGGCAUCCCUCUGAAGCAGCUGCAGGUGGAUGGAGGCAUGACCUCCAACAGGUUACUGAUGCAGCUGCAGGCCGACAUUCUCUGCAUUCCCGUUGUGUGCCCCACCAUGUCAGAAACCACUGCCCUGGGUGCAGCCAUGGCGGCGGGUGCUGCGGAGGGGGUGGAGGUGUGGAGCCUGAGCCCUGAUAACAUCCCAAACGUCACAUCUGAGACAUACCAUCCCCAGAUUAACACAGACGAGAGCGAGUUCCGCUUCGCCCGCUGGAAGAAAGCUGUCCAGAAAGCCAUGAACUGGGAGACCACGGAGCCCUGCUGCAAUACCAACGGACUAGGGAAGAAGAUGAACGGGGCCCCCUGGGCAGCCCCUCCCACCCCUCCCCCGACCAGGGUGGACCCCUAAGAUCCUUAAACGUGGCUCAAGAUAAUCGUGGACACAUGGAGAGUUUUUAUGGGACGAGACUGGAUGAGGAAAUAUGUGAAACAUGAGCACGCCACUUGAUGACCGCAUGAUGUAGUUUGCGCAUGAGUUAUCUCAAGCAGUUGUUGGCACGCUGGUAGCAGCAUCCCGUGUCAGCAAGACGGCUAUGGACAAGUUAAUGUUAUGCUUAUUUUAUUUUGUGUAUAUAUUCACUGACAAGACCUAAACUGUGCCGUCACCCUCAAGUGCCAACUAGAAUGACCAUAAAACAGCCUGUGGUGCUUUUUGAAGCAACUGAAAAAAACACUUUCAGGACACUUUAUUCUUAUUCUUUAGGGAAGAGUAAAAAUGUCCUUGUCUGGAAUUGUUCAAAACUGAUUUGUCAUCUUCAGUUCCUGUCUCUUAGUCAGAUCAUGCAGUGUUUCAAAGGAAAAAUCAGGUGUUUAUAGUUGAUAGUUUCAAGUAAAAAACAGUCUAUUGUGCCUGAUCUUUAUAGCAAAAAGGGACACCGUCCUAUUUUAACAUUUGUUCCUAGUUUGUUUUAAAAUUUUGUUUUUGUUUUCUUAACCUUACUACUAGAUCCAGCCACUACAUUGAACACAUGUUCCAGAUGUUGAGUGGGACUAAAAUAGAUCUUGACAAUGGUUGCUGCUUGUCUCAUGUCGGGUUUGAAUUGAAGAAACCUGACACAAAUGAGACAGUCCUUGGAAUUAAAAUGUUCCAUCAGAUAUUUUAGUCCAAAAAAACAGGUAUACAUGGGCUGUUCCUCUAGUGACAGGUCUUUACAUGGGAUGCUUUUCCCCAACAGGGUAAAAAAUGCAAAUACACAGGUGAAUUAGUUUUGCUAGUGUGAAAAGAAAAGGCAGCGUUACAAAAGAUCUAUUCAUGAUACAAAUGGAACCUUCUAAUGUCAAGCUCAUACUUAAAAGCACUUUAUAAUUUAUCAUGUGUAUGCAAAGUAUGAAAUGGGAACCAUGCAACUGUGUUUUAAAGAGGAAUGGUGUUUUUAAUCCAGUGUUUUUUAUGAAGGGACUUCAGCUCAUUGGGGUCAGCAUAAUGACAAGAGACUAUGGUGAAAUCCCAAUGCUGAUCAUCUCUGUUCACUUAUGCAAAACUGUAAAGACAAGAUGUUUUACAUAUGUAAUCAAACUGUUUUUACCUCUACAAUUUUUAUAUUUCCUCAAGUGAAGCAGUGGUUCAGGAUUACUGCAGAUCACUUGUACAACUGAUGAAAAUUAUGGCAUACACGUCAAGCUUUUUUUUUUUUACUAUCUUGUUACCGAUUUUUUGUAACAUGAUUUAAAGGGAAAGUUUAAGUUAUUCCACCCUCAUAUGUGGUGCAAUAUCCUCCCCUGUGACUGAUGACUUCAUAAUUAAAUACAUGAUUUUUAAAACAAGCUGUGCUCAACUUUGUAAUGUUAUGUACAUAAUUUCCCAAACUCUUAUGUUUAUGCCUGUGUGUUAGUUCUCUCUGUAAUUUGUUUCAAACGGUGUGUUGCAAGAGCCCCUAAACUCUGCUGGAAUGUACAGAUAUUGUAAUAAACAUGAUGAAAACCUGA